GCGGAGGACUCGGGUCGCGGCUCGACUUAGUCCUCCAGCCGCUCGGGGAAUACCUCUAGCAGUUCUGCCCCUGCCGCUGCCCCGCCGUCACCGCUUCCUUCGUUGCGCGCCUGGCCUUUCUCGCCUCGCCCCGUCCUCCUCGCGCAUCCGGCCCACCUACGGGCCCGCUUCUCUUGGGAGCACCCACCCAGGCACAUGGCUCCAUGAAGCAGGACGAGGAGGCCGAGCGCGAGAGGUCCCGUCCGCCCCGGCUGCGACUGGGCCAGAAGAAAAGGUACAGGAAGAAGGAAUGGAAUCGACUGGAAGAGAAUUCAUUCCAGAGACAAAAUAGCUCCUCUUCUCUGUUAUAGCUAUUCCCCUGGCAAUACAAACUUUGUGUUUUCAGGUUCUGCAGCAUUCCAGACCUCAAGCACUGAAUCAGGAUGGGAAAAAGACGUUGUGUCCCUCCACUCGAGCCCAAGUUGGCAGCAGGCUGUUGUGGGGUCAAGAAGCCCAAAUUAUCUGGCAGCGGAACACACAGUCACGGGAACCAGUCCGCAACUGUGCCCGCCUCUAGUUCAGGACCUCUUCAAAACCACCAGCAUGUGGACAGCAACAAUGGACGGGAGAAUGUAUCGGACUUAACUCUGGGGCCUGGAAAUUCUCCCAUUACACGAAUGAAUCCCACAUCAGGAGCGCUGAGCCCUCUCCCCCGUCCCAAUGGAACUGCCAACACCACCAAGAACCUGGUGGUGACUGCAGAGAUGUGCUGCUACUGCUUUGAUGUGCUCUACUGUCACCUUUACGGCUUCCCACAGCCACGACUUCCUAGAUUCACCAAUGACCCCUAUCCACUGUUUGUGACGUGGAAGACAGGGCGGGAUAAGCGGCUCCGGGGCUGCAUUGGAACCUUCUCAGCCAUGAAUCUUCACUCAGGACUCAGGGAAUACACGUUAACCAGUGCACUUAAGGACAGCCGAUUUCCCCCACUGACCCGAGAGGAGCUACCUAAACUUUUCUGCUCUGUCUCCCUCCUUACUAACUUUGAGGAUGCCAGUGAUUACCUGGACUGGGAGGUAGGGGUCCAUGGCAUUCGAAUUGAAUUCAUCAAUGAAAAGGGCAUCAAACGUACAGCCACAUAUUUACCUGAGGUUGCUAAAGAACAAGACUGGGAUCAGAUCCAGACCAUAGACUCAUUGCUCAGGAAAGGUGGUUUUAAGGCUCCAAUUACCAGUGAAUUCAGAAAAACGAUCAAACUCACCAGGUACCGAAGUGAGAAGGUGACAAUCAGUUAUGCAGAGUAUAUUGCUUCUCGCCAGCACUGCUUCCAGAAUGGCACUCUUCAUGCCCCACCCCUCUACAAUCAUUACUCCUGACACACGGCUGCAUGACCAAUCUCACCCCCCUGUGGCAGCCAAUGGCUAUGACAUCAUUGGAGCAGAUGCCUCCUCUUCCUGGUCCAGUUACUUCUAUUACUGCACCAUUUUAUGAUGCUAGCUUCCGUUGCCAAGUCUGCCUCCAGCUGACUAAAGGGAUGGCGGGGUUACAUUGAAUGAAACAGAACUUGAGGGGCCCAAGCCUUAUCUCAGCCUUUCCUCAAUAUGGGGUUCAGUUGGAUUGGGGCUCCUCCAAGCUUAGUAAGAAUUACUAUGUGGGUUCAGGGGACCUAUGACAUGCAGGUACUCCUGGUGAUUUGCUGCAUGUGUGUUGGCCACACAAGGAAGCUGAAAUUGAAGAUCCAUGAAGGCUUAUCCCAUACACAUCCCUACAACCUCCCUAGAUUAAGUAGGUAUGUUCCUCUGGCAGUCUGGGCAACGGAGACCAACAAGAAACAUUUUUAGGUUGUUUUAAAUUACUUUUUUUUCUUUCCCCAAAAAAGACAACUUUCAUUUAAUUGCAUACCAAGAAUUGAUCACAGCUUUCAUGCUUCCUACCCAGACAUCCUGAUAGGAUUGAAAGUGGGCACCGUGAGUCCCCUGCGGCUCCUGGACAGGGACCCACAUCAGAAGCCUUUUGGGAGGCAUAGGUCACUCACUGAUCAUUGUUCACUAAACCUUGACGGUUUUAAAUCUCAUCCUAUUGUCAGUUGGAUUUUGUAGCAUUCUUUAUUUAGAGUCUCCUGGUGUGAAACAGUGUUGUUGUGCAGCCUGCUGAGGAAUGGAAUGGAAUGGAGAGGCCCAAAGGAGGACCUGCUGUCAUUGCUGCACACGUGUGAAGGAGAGAUCUCUUCCUUACCACCAGGCUACCUCAAAUCCUCUUCUGGUAGCAGUGCCUAUAGCUGGAUCUAGGUUCUCAGAAAGCAGCUAUCAAACAAGCAGCUGGAUUGAGCUUUGUAAGGACACAUUGUUCUAGCGGGGAAUUCAGGGCCUCCGAGUGGCUUUUCUUUUCAGGCACACAUUCUGAAAGACCUUUAAACAGGGGAGUUCUUACAGGACUUUAAAACAAAGCUGUUAUUAAACAAGGUGGCUCUUCAGCUUGUCUAAAGUAUUGGAAAUCUCCACUGCACCAGAGAAAAUCCCUAAACUCAUUCAAGAUCACUCAAACCUUCUUGUGACAUAUUGCCUGCUGUCAUUGUUGCUGAUUUCCACAUGUCUGUCAGCAAGUGUCUCCUGUCCUGCUUAAUCUUCACUAAUUUGGUGGCACAGUUCAUAGAACUAGGGGACUUGGAAGAUGCUUUGGAUUUAUCUUAACAGAGGCACUGCUAAAAUGAUUGACGGGAAGAGGUAGUCAGUUGGAAGAAAGGAUCCUAAGGAAACACUGGUUUUCAGCAACACAUUUAGAGAAUUCACAAAAUGGAUUGGGUAUCAACCCAGUGAACACAGCGAUUGGUAUAGUAAAGUUUAUAUGGAGAUGGUGUGGCUUUCUGAAACGGGCCAAAGGAGCUCCUUAGAGAUUCCUUCUGCCAGGAAUGUAGAAGUGGGUACAGUCUGAGGAACAACGCUCUGUCGCAGGCAUCAGUGUCUUUGUUUUUAGGGAACAGUGAGAACGGAAGUGGAUUUGCUUGGCCCUGUGCUCUGUUCUGACGAGGAUGCAGAAAGGUUAAGGGGAAUGAAUGUUGGGCUGAUAAACGAGAAACCCAUGUCAUGUCACCUGUCUUAACUGCUGGGUUCUCACAUCCUGCCACCUUCCCCUUGUAAUGUUGAGGAAAACCCUUUUCAAGACGAUGGGAUUGUAUCAUGAUUUCCUGCUGCUGAGAAUAAAAAUCAGUCUUACACCAUGGUUUGAUGUACGGAUGGUCGGCUCUGAACUAAACCAUCCACCUUUGGCUUGUACAACAGUAUUGGCACAUAGGGCUAGACUCAUAAUGUUCAACUGUUCUGCGUUAGAGUUGUGUUUAAUUUCUAAAGAGUUUUUUAAAAGCAAAAAAACUGGUGCUAAACUUUCACCCCUGGGCACGCUCAGUGAGACUGGCCAUGCAAGCAUUUAUAGUGCCAUGUUCUUCAAGCCUAUUUUCCCUUAUAUAAAUGUUUGCCUUUUUGUCUUCACCAGUGUAUCAUUUAUUUUUUAUCUUGUUGGGGGUGUGGUAGGAUACCUGCCAUUUAAGAAAAUGAAAAUUUCAAAAUCAGUGCACAAGAAUUAGGCUGGUUUAAGCCCAGCACCACACUGAAGUGGCCUCCGGUUUUUGGAGUGAAGAAGCCUUAUUCCCUCCACUUUUCCUCAUGCUCCCACACAAAAGACAGCAAUGGAAAAGCUCUUUUCCCCCUGCCUUGCCCAAGGGGACUUGGGAGCUAGCCAAGGAAAAUACUUGGCCUUGUAAGGAAUGGUGCUUUCGGUGUCAGUCCUGAACAGGGCCUGGUCUGGAAGUGUACAGUGAUGGUCACCUCAUAAACAUGUAUGGCAGGUGGCUCUCAGGAAAAAACCAAGUCUGGAUUAUCUACGUGGCAGCUCUGCUAGGGAGAUGACAGCUCUGAACUGCCUUCCACCUGCUUGACCAAAUCAGUCAUGAGGGUGACCAGAUACAUAUGUGACUUGUAGAUUAAAAGAAAGUGAGUUUUCUGCUUAGUGUUUCCUUUGUCCUUGGGCUGCAUAAACUGAACAGUAGGUAACCAGAUUUCAGAGAACCAAUCUGACUGCUGGCUUGGUUCGUAGUUUGUGUCAUCCUUAGCUGUGAGUGCCUUUUGGUCUGGAAAAUUGGGUUGUUUCUAAUACCCACAGCUAGGACAUAUUCUAUAAAUUGUCCUCGUUUUACAGUAAAAGGAGUGUGUUUGAUCACUAGAGUCUGUCGAUACUGGAUUGUUUCCACUGUGAGGUUCUUAAAACGUUUUCUCUUCAUAAUAAAGCAACUCAUGUUACAGAACCUUUCAACAAGAGAGGUUUGUAGUUGAAGUAUUGCAUAUUGUUUAUAAAAUCUAUACAAAAGAAGCCCUGGGUGUUAGUUUUAAUAUUUGCACAAGAUCUGUUUUCCAUAUGUUGACAUCUACAAUUACACUAACUUGUUAUUUUCUACUGGAAUUCUGGAACCUAGGAAGCUAUGUGUUUGUUUUGUUUCUUUACACUUAUUUCCCUGAAGCAAGAGACUUUGGCCUUCAGUACAAAGACUUCAGACCAAUUCUUUGUAUUACACUUUGUUGCCUCUUGGCUAUAUAACUUACGAGUGCAAAUCAUUGAACUCUAACAAAAUAUUGUAGCGAAUAAAUCGUAAUGGGUUAAAAUUA